AUUUAAUAUGGCAACAAAAAGUGAUGAAGCUGUUCAUUAUAAUGGUGAAGAUUUAAAAUCAUUUUAUUUUCCAAACAAAUUUGAUCAUCGCUAAAGUGCUGUUCCAGGAAAUCCAUGUUAUAACUUUAGAUUUAGAAUCUUUAUUUUCUUUACUUAUAUUGUUGUUACUUAAUUAGGUGAAAUAUUUGGUACUCCAAGUGAUAAUAUUAAUGGAAUAUGGGAUUGGGGACAUUUAUUGACCACUCCAGUCAAUUAAUUAUAUCAAGAACAUAGAUGGUAUAAAAACUUUAAAUUAUUUUAGGUUCUCUGCAAUGAUGCAAAUAUCUUCAGCACUUAUUUUAGAUUUUGCAUUUUUUUAUGUAUCACUUUAUUGGGUUUUAUAUGAAAGAAAUUUUAGAUUAUUUGCAGUUCUUAUCUUAUUUUAUGCAAUCAGAGCAAUUCACUUAAACAUAUUUAAAUUGGAAUAUUCACCUAAUUAUUAUUGGGAAGAUCCAUUAGUACCAAGUUUAGUUGUAAAAUAUGGAAAAUAUUCAGAUUUCUUUUAUUCAGUAUAUUCAUAUAAAUAAUCUUAGGGACAUGUUGGCUUUUUAACUAUAUGUGCUCUUGAAAUGAGGAAAGUAGGAAAAAGAUAUAUGGCAUUGUUUUUUUUUAUUUGUUCAAUCUUUCAAGCCUUUAUUGUUAUCUCCUUUGCAAUCCAUUAUACUAUUGAUGUAAUCUCUUAUUUAAAUCAUAGGUACCAGGAGGAUACAUUUUUUCCCAUUACUUCUUCAAUAUGGUAUGCUAUUGGGAGGCUAAAAUUGAUUUCAUCCUUAAAAGAAUAGCAAAUUGUUGCUCUAGAACAAAUAAAACAAUUAGAAUUGCAUAUGAAAAUGAUACUGAAAAAUAACAACCAACUGCAAUUUGA